GCCGUCUACCGUCAUCAUGCCCUCUCCCGCUUCUCGUUGUAUUCUCUCAAGGCACAUAUGUCCACAUCAAGGCCUCCUGUAUCAAAGGCUGCAGCGCCAGCCAAAAGGUCAGCACCCACCGCUUCAAAGAACAAUCCGAAGACUAUGUCAAAGCCCAAUGCCGCUAAAAUGGUCAGCAAACCGGCUCCAGCCCAAACCAAACGACGGGAGCAAGAAGAUCUCCUCAGUGUUCUCAAAGACGAUGACGAAAUGGAUGAUAUUCAGCCUGUGUAUCAUCGCAGGCGUAUCAUAACCCCACCGGAGACUUCAGACGCUGAACUCGAGAUGAGUGAGGAAGAGGAAGGUGACGGUGAAGAGCUGGUGUUAGAAGAAACUCCGGUUCCUCCACAAAAGAGGAAGCAUCGGACUCGGAGGCAUAAUGAGCAGCCUGCCAAGAAGAAAAAGCGACAACCUCAACAGGAGAAGAAGGACAAAACGGACAAUGAGGAUAGUAGCACGGAUGACGAGGAUGACAAGAAACGUGAGGCCGUACCGAUUCUAUCCUCGUGCCAUCCACCUGUGGGUCGAUGCAGAAGAUAUUAUUAUGGCUGGUAUCGAACAUGCUGCAAAAGCUAUCAAGGCUGGCAUUAAACCGCAUGAACUCCCGUACAAGACUGCGAAUGAGAAGGCUUUCAGUAUUCUUUGUGAACUCUGGGAGCGCGAAAUGACCUUUGAAGAGGCAUUCAGCCGUUUUGAAACACGACAGGAAGGUGUUCAGGUUGUAAUCCGAGAGAUACAGCUUGAUGCUGGAGAGGGUCGCGCAUCGGACACAAACAAAGUGUGGACAAAAAUUCUCGACCUUAUGCUUGAAGAUCGGCAAUACGACACCAUCACAAAACCGGUCCCAGGAUCCAAAGGCGAACAAGGCUUCAACCAUGUUGACACCGGUCGCCUCUUAGUUCUGAUGGAUAUGGCUGAAGGCGGCGUCAAGGUUACCGCGUCGGACUGGCCAUCCUUCCUCUACUGCCAAGAGGAACAUGUCAAAAACAACCCAGAGUCCGGUCUCAUGAAGGGAUGCCUGCUCCUGCGGGUUUUUCUUCACAUAUUUGUGGGUAAUGGUGACCCAAACAAGCAAGGCGGACCUAAACAACAAGGAAUCGCCAAAAUCAACGGAAUGCACAAAGUAACCGGUCAUCAUCUCGCAUAUGCAGCUUGCCAGGCACGAUAUGCGUUGUCAUCAAAAGACACCUGGUCGAUUUCUGAUGGUGCUGUUCGCAUGGACGUGUUCUACGAUGCCAUCGUUGAUCUGUUCGAGAAGCAUCCGGAAGACGAGUGGACCGUGGAUACGCUCAAGUGGUGGAAUGAACAGGUUUUUGGUGAUCCUGAGGGUUGCCCAGAGGAUGUCGAUGACAGGACAAAUGUUCAUCCGCCUGAAAGCUCGGUUCAAGCCGUAUCUGAUGCCCGUGACGCCCGCGCUAAAGCCCGAGCAGAGGCUGCCGCUGCUCUCGCUAAGGUGGAGAAUGCUCAGGCUGCUGGGGAUAAGCCUACUGACUUGGAAACAGAACUCGUUGCUACCUAACCUUGCUACGGUGCUGCUUUAACGCCUACACAAAUUUCCAAUAGCCCUUCAACUUUUCGACGUUACUUCUUGAUGCUUCCGCUGCUUCUGAUACUUCUUCCUAUUUCGAACUCUCGUGCUCAGCCUGGCGAUUCUACUUCGGACCUUUUUUGAACGAAUGCCUUGUUUUUAUCGUAGUUUAUUCUUGAUGCUCUGCUCCUGUGUACCAUAAUAGAUAGAGCGAUUGCUUAUACACUAUUUGAAUGACUGUACUGUCUGAAUAGUCUGAAAUAACGGAUGUUUAGUGUGAUAGAAUACAAAGUGUACCUAUAUACUUGUGAACGUGC